GGUCUUCGCGCUCGGCUCGCCCUGGAGCCAGUGGCCCGCCGCCGAUCGGGGCAGCCGGCCGGCCGCAGUCCUCUCCCAUCGUCGCUGGCUGGCGGGGCGCUCCAGUCCGCUGCAGAGAGGCGAAAGGUUGCUUGGGUUUGAUUGGAGCCGCUCAACUGAGCAGAAAGGCUCGGCGUUGCAGCCGGGGGAACCGAACAAAGAGUUUGGAGACCCGAAGGACUCUCUCCAGCCGGACUCGGGGUGGGGGGAGGCGGAGAAAAGCAGGGACCGGCCGGGCACCGAGCUGCUCACUUCCAAGGGAAGGAACUGCCGGCUCUUCCUCGCUUAGGGCUGCUCCACGCCUGGGAAAUGGAGCACUCUGCACCGGUACAAAAGGGCUACAGCCGGUGGGAGACUUAAAUUCGAGUCUAGGGGCAACUUGGAGAGUAAGGAGGGUUUUUAAAGUAGCUUCCUUUGAGCACUCUGCUAACCAGCGGGAACUGGCUUAACUGCGCCGGUGCAUUCCCAACAGGAUACGUUUACAAGAGUCCAAAGCUGCCUUGGUCUGAUAAGGCUUGCGGUGGGCGGCUGCUGGGCAGGAGGUCGGGAGGAGCUCAGACUUCUCGCCACUGUGCAUGGGAAGCGGGACGGCAGGCGGCUCAGUGGUAGAGCAUCUGCUUGGUAAGCAGAAGGUCCCAGGUUCAAUCCCCGUCAUCAACUCAAAAGGGUCCGGGCAAGUAGGCGUGAAAAACCUCAGCUGGAGAGCAGCUGCCAGUCUGAGUAGACAAGACUGACUUGGAUGGACGAAAGAGGGUCUGAUUUAGUCGAAGGCAGGUUCAUCUAUGAAGGGGACCUGAAACCCCAGAUGGGGCAAGAUAAGCAAGCAGCGUGCUUGACAGCGCUAUAGAGGACUCUUAGCAGGGCUGGGGGAAGGCUGAAAGCUCCCCCCCCCCAGGUGAAAGGUCACAAGGCCUGCAGUCUCCAGUGUGAUGUGUGCGGAGGGGUCAUAACUGAUACCGGGCAGAUGAAAGGCAGGAGGGGGGAGGAGCUGGCCAGCCCUCCCUGUCCUGUGCGGAUCAAGAGGGAGUCAGCGCUGCCCCCGGCAUGUGGAGAAAGCCUAAGUGGCAGAGCACCAAUGCCUAACAGAGGGACUCGGGGAAGAACCUGAUCGAGCAGGGGGCGAUGACGUUUUGUUGAGUUCUGCUUCAGGAGUCUACAACCCGCAGGCCAUGGCUGCCUACGACACCUGCGUCUCGCUGUUGGUGAUGGCGGGCACCAUGGCCCUCACGGCGUCCUGCAGGCGACUGGCCCGCCAGUUCACGCACGGCAACCCGCACCUUUACCCCUUCGUCCUGGAGCUCAGCGGCGCCUUCCAGAUCUGUGCCUGCACCCACGAGCUGUGCCUGCUGGCCGACCUGCCGCCCAAGCCUCAGGUGGCGCUGGCCCUCACCUACCUUUUCACCGCCUUUCACGGCAUGACCUUGCCAGGCAGCAUCAACAACCCCGCCAGCAGCUUUCAGCUCCUCUGCAGGAACAAGAGCACAGUCAAGGCCUGGGGGCUACAGACCGCCGCUCAGUUUCUCGGCGCAUUGCUGGCCAACGUUUACAUCAAGGCAAUCUGGACGUUGGGGACCAUACCUGCACAUUCGGGGGCUCUGGGAGUGACUUGCGGCCACCCGAUCCAAACCACCGUCGCUGAUGCUUUUCUUCUCGAACUCCUCUUCUCCUUUGUGUUGCACCUGACUGUGCUGCAGUUCGAAUCGAUGAAUCCCAACGCCAAAGUUCAUCUCCUUGCGUUGCUGAUCACCAUUUUGGUAUACAAAGGAGGGCAUCUCACAGGGGCGAUAUUUAACCCGGCUCUGGCUUUCUCUUUGCACUUGAGUUGUUUCCUGGAAAAAUUCUGGAAUUACACACUGGUGUACUGGGUGGCACCCUGCAUAGGGUCCGUCUUGGUGGCUAUACUAUGGGACGAUGUGAUUCCGCCCAUACGCAGCUAUUUUAAUGUCUAGGAGACUCCACAAAAACUGACACAGCCGUCUUCUACACGGACAGAAGCAUGGACGUGAAUAUCACUUCAGCAACGGUCAGGCUGCUGCUUGGGGGGAAGAUAAUUUUAGGAUUCCACAGGAUAGCAUUUGUUUAUGCUAUUAAAGAACAGACUUGCCUUUCUGA